AUGUCGUCUGGCGCGUAGACAUGAAUUUGAGUGCAGGGAAUAAAUGUUUACCUAUUGGAGUAUUGUAUAAUUCAACAAGUGGCUAGAAUUGCAUCAUGAAACGACGAAUUUCACAUAAAGAGAAACGCACUUCACUUGAGGCGAAUAUUGCCACACUGUGCAGAAGAUUUAGGUUUCAUGAAGUGGAAGAACAUGUGCUGCCUAUUUUUCGCAAAGUCACUUGGAGACAAGUUUUGUAUUCGCUAAAGAGACAUAAGAAAACUCUUAGUUUAGUGAAUAUUGCACAAGCACUGAUUGCAUCAGCAAAGGAUGAGCCUUUUGCAUUCCUGGAGGACAUGUAUUUCGAACUGUACCUCACACAUAAAAUUGUACACAGUAAAAGUUACACUUGGAAUGCAUUUAAAAUGAUCGGAGGUCAAGGAAAAGCUGGUCUAGUGACAGAAAUGCAGAUUUCUGAAGCACUGAAGAACUCAUUCAGAUCAUUAGCUCAUGCACCAAGAAUUAAAGUAAAGUUAUUUGGUUCUCUCUCUUGGAUCAUGAUUAUACAGAAGAAACAAAAGCAUUCUGGCACAGAGUUUGAGCAGCAGCCAUUCAUUUGUGCAUAUAUCCCUGGUGAACCAUAUUUCUUUGCUUCGCAAAAAAAUGUAAAAACAAACAUUUCAGAUGGGCUAUUGUCUACAUUUGGGUACAGGAGAUUAAAUGACUGCAAACUGUCAGCUCCUGAUAUUGCAUCAAUGGUAACACUGCUAAGAAAUAAAGCUGCUAAAGCGUUUGAUGCUCAUUCAGUUCAACAUUCUAUUGCUCCAUACUCUCCAGGGCCAAGUGUGGCAACAGAAGAUGGCAUGGAUUUUACUGAUGAACAGUGGAAGAUAAAUUAUGCCAACAUUGUUUUUGGAAAAGAUUGUCCUGUGAUGAAAAAGUUCACUGUUAAGGAGGUGGGGCCCAUUGUGAAGAACAGGCAAAUGUAUCGAACUACGUUUACCAUUCGGUCAAAUGACGUAUUUCAGUUUCUAAAAGUAUUACUUGUGAAAGGACUCAGGCUAUUAAGUGGCCCAAAAUCCUGGCCCAUAAUAAUCAAAUACCAUGUGUGCUUCUCUAGAAGAGGAAAUUUGCCAAGAUAGGAACUACCGUCAGGGGAUACCUUUACAUUCAAAAGGCUAAAAUUAUUGAACUUUUCAAUCUCUCAGAAUAAUAUUGCAAACCGCAGGAGGACAGAAAUCAAUAAUGAAUAUUUCUCAACUAAAAGAUAUAUGAAAUCUUGUCAGACAAAAAGAU